GCCGGAGCGGCUGCGGACUCGCCGUAACGCGUCGUGCCUUAACAAGGUUUGGUUGACCCGGGCGCAACGCCGCAGCCACGCCGCUGAGCUUCAGUGCAGCUACUUUACUGGCUCACUUAGCCAGCGAGCUCCCUCUGUGUCCGGCGGACGCUGUGAGAAGCACGCCUCCUGACGGAAUUGGGCGGGACUUUUGAGAACAGUAAGCCAGCAGUGCAUGUACCCCAGAGCCUGACACCUCUCUUCAAUGGCUGCCUCUGACUUCUCCACCACUGUGCCUGAAGGGUUCCACUAUGAGACCAAGUAUGUCCUCCUCAGUUACUUCAGCCUGCCCCCAUCCUCCCUGUCAAGACCUGCAGAAGCAGCACCUGGACAGACUGCACAGGAGAAGGAUGUGGAUAAGACCAGCAAGAUGAAGCAACAGAUUGAGGAGGAGCUAAAGCAGCUGGAGGAGGAGAUCAGUGCUUCUUUUCCCAGGACAGGUUUUGAUCGGCACACGUCUCCAGUGUUCAGUCCAGCUAAUCCUGAAAGUGCUAUAGAGGACAGUCUGGCUGUGUUGGGGGACCGCGUCGCACGAGACCUGAGCGCACACCUGGCUUCAGCAAUGCAAUCACUUCUCUGUGGCCAGCUGGACUAUGAAGGUUUCCGAACGGCAGUGCUGGAGGUGUCCUCCCAUUCUCAAGGAGAAUGGAGCAAGGUGUUGGUCCCUUUAGUGUUGUUGCAGGCUUUGCAGGUUGAGGGGCAGCCACUGGCAUCUCUGCUGACCCUGGGUGUGCGUUACCUGGAGGAGGUAGAGGCAGAUUUCAUCAUCCAGCAGGGUGGAUGGAGUGCAGUGUUCAGCUUGGACGAUGUGGAGGACCCUGGCGUGAUCAUUGCUGAAGACAGUAACGAUAUCUACAUUCUGUCAGGGGAGCAGGCCCCAGAUCCACUGAGCCCCCCUGAGUCACUCCUGACGGUGGCAGACAGCAGUGGGCCAGAGUCCUGGCAGACGGAGAGCCUGCCUGUGUCUCUCACCGGUCACGAGUCCUGGGCUCAGGUGGGCGUCAUGGACCCCGAGGAUGCCAAAAGCCUAGAUAGCGCCGAGGGCGUGGCCUCGGCCGAGGAGCGUAGUGAGAACAACUCCUCCAACUCUGACAUUGUGCAUGUGGAACGUGAGGAGGCAGAGCUUCUGGAGGAGGGCAGGGAGCCCACGGAGGAGGGAGAGCUGCAGGAGAGCAUGCUGAGCAUGCUGGGCAGCGAGAGUGAGCUGGCAGCUCUGAGAGCGGAGCUUAGGGAAGAAGCUCCGCUUACAGCUACUGUGCAUGAGCUGGUAGAGCCUUCAGAAGAAUCGAUGAUCAUCAUGGAGCCACCUGUUAGCCUAGGUGCUCCAGCUCCUGUAGUUGCUCUAGAGCCAGAAGCCCCUCUAGCUCCUACUGCUGCUGCUACGGCCCCCCCAGUGCCUGAUCCUGAACCUGAGCCCCAUCCAGCUCAGCCAGAACCUGUUCUAGCUCCAGUGGAGCCACAGCUUCCAAGCACUCCCCCUGCUGCUGAGCCAGAAGCUGAACCUGAGCCACAGCCUGAACCUGUCAAAGCACCUCCAGAGCAGGAGCGACCAGCACAGGAGCCACAGGUGGUGCAAGAGGUGCAGGAGCUGCAAACGGUGCAGGUGGCCCCUGCUCUGUCCCAGGAGCCUCCCAUCUUACCCCCGGCUGCGGCGCCAAUGCAGACAGAGCCAGGCCCCUCUGAGCUCCCCGUGCUGCUGUACGGCGGUGCCGCCCUGGUGGCCAUCGCUGCAUUAGUUGCUUAUGGUGCACUGGCUUACAGGAAGAAGUAGCAGGAACCUGCUCAUGACCUCACCUUCCCACAACCCCACUAUCAGGAAACCCGGGCCACUGUGCUGCCGAAAGCCGCUGCCCACUGUGAAAAAGAUGCGCCUCGACUCUGCCUCAUCCCAUUUUGUUUGCCAUUUUCAUCUCAUCUUUUUUUUUUUUUUUUGUAGCUUUUUAUGCAUCCUGCUACUCUUUCGUAGUACAACUGUAACGCUCUGCCUCUUCCAAUUUUAUGUUCACUUCGCUUGGUUAGUUUGGCUGUUUUCACUUCUGCAAGGCUUAUAACUGGGGAAUGUAUUUGAGUCAUUUUUGAUGUUUUCACUUUCUGUUUUAGAAGCAGGCCAAGGGGAGCGUGAUUCAUUUUUGUGUUUUUCCAAGUGAGAAUGCUGCACAGCAUGGAUUAGACCUACGACUUAGACCGAUUGACGAAGCUGAAAUAUAUUUAGGCUUAGUUUUAAGCAACCUGUGCCUGUUUGAUAAAGUGCAUGACUAUGAUUUUACUUGGAAUAUCUGAAUGAAAUAUAUGAAAUGAUUAAAUGCUGUAGGUUAGCGUCCCGUUAGAGAUCGUGUCUCGCUCAGUUUCUCACAGCUCUUAGUUGAGAUGGCUUCUCUCCUUGAGUCCUGGACCCUUACAUUGAGUUUUCUUCAGUAAACAAAAGUACAAAAAUAAGUAAUCCGACUUGUACGUAGCCGGCCUCCAUUGGUUUAUGCAUAUUACUUUCAGUUGUCAUUAGGUUCCCCCUUGUAGACGAUACCAACAGGCCACAUCACAAGAUGAAGAAAAGAACCCGUUGUUUUUCCCCUGUAUCACUUCUUGUUGGUUUCAAAAGACUGCCAUUACAGAAGAUAAAGCUUUUUAAUACAGCUGAGAGACGGGUCUCUGGUUCAGUUUGUUAAUCUUGAGUGAUGCGAGAUCUCAUUCUUUAGUAAAGCGGAUGAAGCUGAAACGGAGCGGGCGACAUUUCUGUUUGUGACGCAGUGGGUAGCUGUGGUUUUUCAGGUUUCUCAGUCUUAGUGUUAUGACAUUUUGCUUUGUCAGUAAGGGAGGUGGAAUAUUUAAGCAUUUUAAAUAUGCUGCUUUUUGUCUCAGUAUUUUUUGGGGUGACAAUCCAACUUUGUGAGGCAGGUCCCUUUUGUUAAUGUGGCAAGUCAUAAAUCACAAAGCUUACAUUCUCAGACUGAGAGACCUGUUUUGCCCUUGUUUAGUACUGCUUUGUUUUGUCUGUGGUGCACCGUUUAAAUUCACGACCGCUUGCCUCUGUUGAGCCUCCCAAGCUACCUGAUUCACGCCUCACCUGCAGCUUGUGCUGUGUGCUCUGUUUUAUAGUGUACAGGGCUCAUGCAGUGCAGCACGCCACUAUUUUUCCUCGUGUGCCUCGUCUACAGGGACCUUGGGGACAACUUUUAGAAGUUUAAAGCAGAAAUCCAAUGGAAGAAACACACCCUGCCUUGGGAAAAUUAUAUUUGAGGUGAGGAAGACCACACUAUAGUGAACGGAACGUGUACCCUUCAAUGGAAAUGCUGAACCUUGCCUUCCACUUGUGUUAACUCUUUUAAAUGAUGUGUACAGCAGCACACCAGCUCCUGUGAAUGUAGGCUUAGUUACUGUAUUUCUUCAAACUGUAGAAUUUACCAUUAAGGAACUGGUACAUGGGCGGGUACAUGGUUCUCCCAACCCAGUCUCUGAGUCAGUGUGUUCCACCUCCUCAGCAGUGAUCACGAAGACUAGUUCAUCCAUUUUACUGCCUCAUAUCUAAUGAAACAUCUUGUGUGUUACAUCUGCGUUCAAAUCACAAAGGAUCUUAAACGUUCAACAGAAAACAAAAGCCACCAGCAAACCUGUAAUGUUAGGUUUAAGUGAACAGCUUUGUUUGUGAGUGUUGGAACUGGAGCUACUGCAGGCCUGGUCUACUUCAGUGAUGAUGGAUUUGUUGCUCAUAAAUCUUUCCUGAGUCUCCUUUUUAGCUAAACAACAGUUUUGAAGAGCAACUUGACACGUUUGUUAAAGUUAUCAAACAAAUAAAGUAAAAGAAUUUGUG